UGGCUCAGAACCAACUAGAAAUGCCAUGGACAAGAAGAGCUCUGUCUUCACCAUCGACCGCAUUCUGAGCGCAGACAACCACAAGAUCCCCAGCCUGCAGGAGACUUCGGCCCCGGGGCCCUGCGAGGAGAAACCGGACCCUGAAUCUGCAGUGAAUGGAGACUCUAUGAAUCCGCCGGACCUCAGAUCAACCUGCUGCUUCUGUUCUCACUGCGGAGAGAUUCUGCACACGGCUGCCAUUUGGGGUAAGCGGAUGUUUGCAGAAGCUCACAGCAGGGAAAGCUUCAGUCAUAUUCAGAGGAGGGUUCGGCGUCACCGCACCAUCUUCACAGAAGAGCAGCUGGACGCUCUGGAGGAUCUCUUCAGACAGAACCAGUAUCCAGACAUCCACACCCGUGAGCAGCUGGCCCACAGAACACACCUGCGCGAGGAGAGAGUCGAGGUGUGGUUUAAGAACCGAAGGGCAAAAUGGCGACGACAGAAGCGGCAUCCGUUCAGCCUACGAGGACCAGACGACUGGAACUGUCCUUCAUAGCGACUGACAUGAAGAAUAUGAUAUCAGGAUCAUUUAUGUCUGAUGCGUGGAGAUAUUAAACUCUUUCCAACAGA